CGCUACUGAGGGCCCAUCUCAUCCGUGACCACCCGACCAAAUCGACGCUGCAGCUCCCCCGCCGCCGAGCCGAACGUGCGCCGCCGCCUCCCCCCCCGCCCGUCACCAGGCUUUCGCGCGCCGCCCCCGCUAUCGCCGUUCCUGUUCUUCCUCGGUUCAGCUAUGGGGCCUGGGUCUAAGAAGCAGGAGCUCAAGUCUAAGCAAAAGCUCGAGAAGAAGCUCAGUUUCUACACAAAAGUGAAAGAUACAGUUACCUCCCUAAACGCUAAAAAGGCUAUCAGUAAGAAAAAGAAGCAGAGGAGCCAUCAGAAGAAACUGAAAGCAUAUGAUCUGUCAGCACUUUCCGAGUUCCUUCAAGAAACAGCUGCCUCGCCGCAGCAGACUGAAGUCAAGCUUAACUGCAAAUCAAAACAGGCUUUAGUGCAACGGGAGUCUGCUCAACUGAAUGCUGUACUAAACAAUCCUCAGUUCCAGCUCGACCCAUUUGCUGCAAUUCAUCAGCAUCUGUUGUCAACGCAGCCACCUUCAUCUGCUAAAGAUGACAAGUCUUUGAAGCACGGGAAGAAAUCUACGAAGGACAAAAGAAAGAAGAAGAAGAAGAAGAAGAAGAAUUCAUCGUCCACCUCUCUGCCUAUGGAUAUCUGAUACUGCAAAGUUAUCUAGAGGAAUGGGUCGCAGCUAUUUUCUAAUGUUGGUUUUGAUUGUGACCCUUGUCAAGUGUGAGGUCGAACUUCUCAAAUUUUGAUACUAGUGCAAGCUUUUUCUCUCCCAGAACCCCCAGAUUACCUGUAACCUCAAUCUCAAGGUUCACUUUAGAUGGUUGUGCAGUAGAUGCUCUCCCGUUGCUCAUGCAAUUCCCAUUCAUCAUCUACUACCAGAUGAUACAGAAAUCACUGGACAUGGUCUCGAAUGUAUAAGAGUUCUUCCAAGUUCCUUUUAAAAAAUAAGAUAGCCAUUGGAUUUGGAGUUACAGAAUUGCAUAAAUUCAAGCUGUUGUCAUGAAA